GCGGUAUCAACGCGUUCUACACUGCGCGCGCCGUCGGCUAACUUGUGCAUCGUGUGCACACUACAUCGGGCAAAUAGCCGUCCGCACAAAAUCCUAACGAUGGCACACAACGGCACACAAAUUGUGCUGGUGUGUGUACACUCUAGCAUAGGACGAUGGCUGACACGUCUUCCGUUUGCCAGACAGACAUGGCCACUCAUUUCUUGAGUGAAGCGUUAGGGUCGGGAGCUACACCGUUGCAGCGACUUUUCACUGCGCACAAUUUACGUAAGACUCUCGUUUUGGCCGCGAUAAGAGACCAUGAGAAACACUUUCUGUUGCUGGUUGCAGUCGGCGUCUACAACGUCCUUGCAUAUACGAAUGAAUAUUUUAUGCCUGCAAAGCCAUGUUCACCGUCACGCGUUGCGGCUCCCCGGCUGCUCAGGAUGCAGCGUGCAACAGGCACGCAGGAAAACGGGAACUGGCUGGACUGCCCUAGCAUGGCGGCCACAUGGGACCGGGAGUCGCCUGGCACGGGGAGACGAAUUCUCCACGCCGUGUUCGGGGGUUUGCUAGCGGUGUUAGCAGGUCGUUGGACCCGGUUUUGUGCCUAGUUUCCUUCAGUUCUUCUCUUUAAAAGGGCAGUCGCCGAUUAGUUUAUGAUGCAUGGCCGCAGGAUUGUCGCUCCCUAGGGCUGCGCGAUUGCAGUUUGCAACCUGUGAAACACCAGUUGACUAGGGCGAGUCUCCGGCGGGCCCCGUUUUUGUGGCUGAGGCCGACAGUGUGUCGAUCGGUUUUGCGCUCUUCGUUGCACGCUUGUGCGGUGGUCCGGUGUGGAAAGUCGUGAGUAUAUGAGACUGGGCGUGUUUCAGGAAAACCUGUUUACCGUUUUUCUCCUACUUAUCGAUCGCUAACCUUUCACCAUGGCAGCCAACCCCAGUACCGUUGAGGAGGCGGCAAUAACGGAUAAAUCUCCGUUAGUUGCAAAGGAAGAAACUAAACAGAAACCUGAAAGCUCACCCGCGCAUGAAUCUGACCCUUUGAUUAAGCAGAAAGAAGAAGUUGCACCUAUGGUGAAGCAAAGUGAAGAAUCUCAACCGAUGGUGAAGCAAAACGAAGAAUCUCAACCUAUGGUGAAGCAAAGCGACGAAUCUCAACCUAUGGUGAAGCAAAGUGAGGAAUCGGAACCUGCGGUAAGCCAGAAUGGAGGACCUGAACCAAUGACCCAGAAGAAUGAAGAAUCUGAACCUGUGGUCAAGCAGAACGAAGAACCUGAACCUGCGGUCGGCCAGAAUGGAGAAUCUGAACAACUGGGCAAGGAUAUUGAAAAAGCGGAAUCUAUGGUUAAGGAGAAAGAAGAAUCGGAACCUAUGGUCAAGGAAAAUGAAGAACCGCAACCUACGGCCGCCGCCGACAAACCUGCUGUGAAUGCUCAGCUGCUGGUGGACCGCGGGAUCGCCGAAGAGAGGGCCCGACAAGCUAUGAAAGACGCACGAAGCAGAAUCAAGAAACUCUCACUCAUGGUCAGCACUGUUAUGAUACAGUUUAUUUUUCUGGGUGUUGUGGUGUUUUUCUGCUUUGCGCCGAUGUUCAGCUGCCUGAGCAUGACUUUUAUCGGGCUGGGUUUAAUCAGUGGCACAUUCGGUCUGCUGUGUGUGUGCUGCAAAAGCCGAAUCGGAACAAUUUUUUACUUGCUCCUUGGCAUUGUCUGCCUCCUCUUCCUCCUCGUUUGCUGGGCAUUUUACGCGUAUAUGCUCUACAAAGCAACGCUGACGGCGAUUGCAGCUGGACAGGACAAAGUCAAUGCUUGGGUGGAGGACACGACUGGUGGUCUGAUCCCCCAGGGAAAUGGGGGUAUAUUUGACAUUGGCAAGCAUUUGGAUAACUUGCCUCUUCCUGGUGACAUAGAAAGCCUCAAGGACCAGUUGGGAAAGUUUACCAAAAGCGAAGAAAACAGUGGCUCGCUGAUUGGCGCCAAAAGCAAAGAAAACGGUGGCUCGCUGAUUGGCGGCAUGGCAACUGCAGCUUUGCUGAAGGAAUGCAAGAAGGGUAUAGAGGAGGAGGGGUCGGAUUACAUGGAUGACGUCCAGUCUGUUUUCUUCGCAUUGGCAUCCUACGGCCAAAUGUGCAACUACUCACACCACAAAAUGUUGAGUUUCAGAAAGUGGGAGUAUAAUUGCAAGGACGUCUGCGCCUUCAAUUUGUUGGCUGUCGGGCAUAAGCUGAAACCGAGUGAUCCCGCAGAUGUGCAGGUCAUUACAGAAUGGCGACAGAAGGUUUCUGGUUUACCUUCACAUCAGCAGGUUGCAUGUUACGCUGAUUCUAUCAGUACUGCAUGUGCAGUAGAAAACACGUCCUACGUGUACGUUAUUCUUGGAUUGAUACUUCUGUUCUUGUUAUGUGGAUGCUGCAGCUGUUUAUGCUGCCUUCCUCGCACUCUGAAACAUACGACAGGGUAUGUGAGGGCUCUCAACAGGCACCAUGCUGCUGUCAAGGACAUCAAAGCAGCACAGGCGUGUGAAGAAGCUAAUGGUCCGUAGUUGCCCUUUUUGCGAAGCGUUUUCGCUUGUUAGUGAUCUCCCGUAAUUUCGUCCGUCGCUCAUCGACAUUGCAGCCCCUUGCCACCUGGGGGGUCAAAGCCAUCCACCGGCUCUUCGCGUUACGCUCUCAGAGCGGUUUCGCUGGUUCACAUGGUGAAAAGGACAGUCUGUUGCCGUUCCCCUCUCUGUCGAUCGUUUUUGCGUACCGACUUUUAUUGAGAUUGUCAAAUCGGUGCGGUGCACUGGUGUCCUCAGAUGAGCACCUGCACGACAGGAAGAAAAAACUACAUGUUGUACUCUGCUGUUUGCUGAGUGACGCCCAGGACAACCAUGAUAGGCAGAAAUUGGUAUUCCUUAAGCGAACAAGAAGGCAAAGCAACGGCGUACACGGAACAGGUGGACUCUCUUUACUCCGUAGUCAAGGAAGCAGUUUCAGCAACAGCGACGGCGUCCAAAAAAGGCGACGUGUAUGAGAAAUGCAGGGUGCCAGAACUGUUUGCUCUGAUGAGCUGUCAGCGUGUGCUGCCUCCAUGUCCAGUGGUUGUUCCUGUACGUUCCUUGCUGGGAAAACACCGGCGGGUAAUUUACCGCGGCAGAGACAUAACUGUCACAGUUAACGAAUCUAAAUUGCUCCAUGAUUGAUUCAGCUUUGCGACUGCAUGCCGUAAUAAACAGUCGGAACAGACUCGGUGCCACACUCGC